AUGUAUAUCGCGAAAUUUCUUAGUAUACCAUUAUUGGUCGGCGCCUUUCUGGCCGGCAUAGUUCUCUAUGCUUUGGUCAAGGCCUUCAAGUCUCCUCUCCGCAGCCUACCUGGACCUUGGUACACUCAUUUCACUCACCUCUUCCUCAAAUAUCAGAUCCUCACUGGCAACCGCGUUCACUACAUACACGCAUUGCACCAGCGCUAUGGACCAGUUGUGCGCGUUUCGCCCGGAGAAGUUGCCGUCAGUGACCUAGACGCGUUUUCGAAGAUCCACAAGAUUGGUUCUGGAUUUGUCAAGUCGGCUUGGUACGAUGCCGUAACUCCCGACCGAGAACCAGGCAUCUUUGUCAUGAGAGAUCCCCAUCAGCACGCUGCCCGAAGACGGUUGUUUGCUCGUGCUUUCAGUGUCAGCUCGUUGUUGACCAAUUGGGAGUCGGAAAUCAGAGAAAAAGCCGAGCUUGCGGUGAAGAGCAUAAAGCGAGAUGCCCAGAGUACUGGGGCGGACGUGUUCAAGUGGUGGACUCUUAUGGCGACGGAUGUGAUCGCUCAUCUUUCAUUUGGGGAAUCAUUUCGAAUGCUGGAGCUAGGCAAGCAAACUCCUUACAUCGAUGCCAUCCAGUCCGCCCUUCUUAUGAGCGGCAUUCGUGCCGAGCUGUCAUGGAUCUAUCCUCUUCUCAAGCGUCUGCCUUUACAAGGAUUAAAGACAUUGCUGAAUGCCGACAACGUCGUCCUCGAGCACGGUUCUAUAGCUGUUCGUAACAUGCAAAGUGCAGGGGACGGUCUCAGCAAGGCGAACUUGUUCAGCCAAAUGCUGGCAGAGUCUGACAGUCAGGAAAAGACAAGUCUCUCCAUGUCAAGCGUGCAGGCAGAAGCAGGCAAUCUAAUCGUCGCUGGAUCAGACACUACGGCUGUGACGCUGACGUAUCUUAUCUGGGCCGUUCUCAAGCAACCCCAGCUUCAAGCUGAACUGGAGCAUGAGAUAUCAGAGCUCAGUGAUGAGUUGACUUUUGAUGAGCUCAAGAGUGCCCCGCUUCUCAAUAGUGUCAUUGAAGAGACACUUCGUCUAUAUGGUGCAGCUCCUGGUGCUCUUCCACGCGUCGUGCCUGGUAAGGGUCUCGAUGUUUGCGGCCAUUACAUCCCUCCCGGUACUGUUGUCAGCACUCAAGCGUUUACAUUGCACCGCAACGAAAACAUUUUUAAUGACGCACAGAGGUUCAAUGGCCAUCGCUUCAUGGACAAGUCCACGCUCACAGCAGCGCAAAAGACUGCCCUGUCUCCAUUUGGGGCUGGAUCAAGAAUCUGCAUUGGUCUACACUUGGCUUGGAUGGAGCUACGACUUGGUGCCGCGCUAUUCUUCCGUGAAUGCCGUAGCGCCAGGCUAAGCCCUGAGAUGACUGAUGAGAUGAUGGAGAUGGAGAAUAGGUUCUUGAUUGCACCCAAGGGGCAUAAAUGCAUUGUUAAUCUGUGA